GCACUGCUUCCGGUAUUUCCUGAGAGGUUGUAGUUGAAAGGUUGCGUGUGUGCCUUGAAGUUCUGAACCGGGAGAGCAAGGAACAGCUAUUUAUAAUUCAUUUUUAAAAUAAAGAAGAAUCGGCCAGCGAAUAUGUCUGCUUCUAAAGAACUGCUGCAGCUCGAUCUGUAUGCUCUGCUCGGGGUGGAAGACGGAGCAGCUCCGAAAAAGAUUAAGAAAGCCUACAGACAGAAGGCGCUGACGUGCCACCCUGACAAGAACCCAGACAACCCCAAAGCAGCUGAACUCUUCCACCAGCUCUCCCAGGCUCUAGAGGUCCUGACUGACACAGCUGCCAGGGCAGCCUAUGAUCAAGUAAGAAAAGCCAAAAAGCUAGCGGAGGAGAGAACCAGGAAACUCGACGACAAGAGGAAAAAGAUUAAACUAGAUUUAGAGGCCCGGGAAAGGCAGGCACAAGCCCACAAUCUCGAAGAGGAGGAAAUAAAAAUAACACGGACUUUGGAAGAAGAGAUAAUCCGUUUGCGAGAGGAAGGCUCCAGGCAGCUCCAAGAAGAACAGAGGCUUAUAAAGGAACAGAUCCAAAGAGAGAGGGAAGUUGGGGCAGGCGGAGGGCACAGACCACCAGGCACGCAGCAUGGAAUGAAAUCCGACAGCAACGUGACCCCCAAAUUAAAAUUAAAAUGGAAGAGUAAGAAAGGUGAUGAGACCAACGGUGGAUAUUCCCAUGAUGUUCUCCUUGGGCUUCUCCACAAGUAUGGUGAGGUGUUAAAUGUCCUCGUAUCUACUAAGAAGACUGGCAGUGCAGUUGCAGAGUUUGCUACAGUCAAAGCAGCAGAGCUAGCUUUUAAAAAUGAGCAUGGCUUAACAAGUAACCCUCUGAAGAUCUCAUGGCUGGAAGGACGGCCUGCACCAGCUCCCAGCCAUCUCUCUGACACCAGCACACAGGACUCCCUUGUAAAUAAGGCCUCGGUCUCAAAGAGUAAAUCUCCUGGUUAAAUAAACAAAAAAAGAAAUGGUAUAAAUAUACAUUGAAACUUUGUUAUUCAGACCAGUUGAGGGGACAACAAAAUGGCCACAAUAGGAGGUGGCCUUACUACUGAAGGUACAUCGUUUCUUCAAUGCAAUCUGUUCAAAUUUACAGUCAUUAUAGUUGUUUUAUUUUAAUCUAAGUGCAGAUGCGUUACAGUAUGUCAUGUUGUAAACUACCAAACCAAAAACUUGGAUGCAUUUGGUCUUUUUAGAGAGGUCAUUUAACAGUGAUUUGAUACAUUUGGGACUGUUUAUAUUGCUUUUAAUACUGGGGUGGCCUUAAUAUUGAAGGUGUUUUUUUAUUUUUUUUAUUGCCGUCAAUAGAAGCAAAUCCGCAGUGAAAAAAAGAGAGAUUUAAUUGUGACUUUAGUCUGCCUUUUUACGGAGGUUUUGCUGUAUAAUGCAUGCAUGUAUCCUGCAAUAAAGAAGAAACAAAAAGAAGUAUCCAAAAUCUGAAAUACAACACGCUACAAGAGCUGACUUUAGACAAGGAAUGGCUUUUGGAUGUAUCUGUGGACAGUAUCCCACAGCAACAAAUGCAUAACCUCACCAAUGAACCAUGUAAAGUACUGCCUAUUGCACAAAAGUGUGCAUUGCAUAUUUGUUAUUUUUCCAAUAACUUUUAAAGGUAAAUUGCUGGAUGGAAAUGAUAUUAAAAAAAAAAAAAAAUAAUAAUUAAAAAUCAGAA